AUGGUAUCACAUCCACCGACCAAAAGAGCGACGACUUCUGGGAACGCGUCGCGGCCAAGUACAACGUGUUGCGACCUCGGCGUCACGAGCGCUUUCAUCGCCCCCAGAACUCUGUCGCAAAGCGCUGGCAGCUGCUACGAUUGGCGCGGCAAAUCGGCUGAGGACCGCGUCGAAGACGCCCAAGAGCUGUACGAGAAACUCUACGAAGAUCACUUUGAUUUUCUAGAAGCUUGGCGUGUACUUCGAGAUGAAGCCAAGUGGAAGGAGCUGCCCGAUGCUAGCGGCGGGACCUCGAGCCGUAAGCGAUCCAACAGCAGGUCAUCAGUAACUCAGAGUGUCCGCCAGGCACCUGCAAAUGAGAGCAGAGCCGUUGGUGUAAAACGGCAAAAACAGCAGCGCACCUUGGAGGAAAGCAAUGGGCGGAUAGCCGAUGCGGCUGUUGUCAUGGCUAAAUCCUCCCAGCGCAAAGCUGAGCUGGAGGAGAAGCGUCUUGCUUUGCUAAGGGAGCGCGAGCAGAACCGUAUUAUCUUUGCUGCGCUGGACGGCUUAGACGAGGUCUCUCUAAGUAUCAUACGCCUAAAGAAGGAGAACAUUUUGCGGGAACUACAACAGGUAUCUACUAUUUGA